CAAGUUUGCAUUGUGCUAAGCUUGAACAAUUUAACAAUUGAUGUUAACGAAAUACCUCAGAAUAUAAUAGAGAAGUGCAUAAUAAAAAUAUUAUCAUCAAAGACACAGUUUAACUCAAUAGUAAUUGUGAUUAACACUGACAAUGUAUCGAACAUGUUACUUCAGCAGAUCCAUUCAAGCAAUAAUGUUAAUAUCUGCAUAAAAGACGUAAAUGUAUCCAUCAAAGUAGUACCCACAAUUUAUUUAAUACAUGUCAAUAAUGAGAUCGAAUUUGAGGAUCUUCUUGACGAGCUAGACAAAGAUUGGAACCGCGAACCUGAAGCUUUAUUCAUCGUAAUAGUGGAAAAUAUGGAUGAAGAUGAUGAAGAGUAUGUUGCAGCAGUAUUCAAAUCGUUAUGGGAGUAUCAUAUAAUACACGUGCUUGUAAUCGUUAAGUAUAUGGAGAAUGAUGCAUCAGUUUACACUUACUUCCCUUAUGCGAAAGGCCGGUGUGGGCGAGACUACAGCACUCUGGUCCAGCUUUGCGACUGCGGAAGUGUGGGACAAGUUGACGUCGUUGGCAAACUACGCGAAUAUGAUAUACCUGUUUUAGAAAACUGCACAUUAGACGUCGCAGCCCGUCAGUAUCCUCCUUUAGUCUUCUGCAGUCCUGAGACAGAGGACAAGCUAAAUAUUGGCGUCGAACGAUUACUCAUUGAACUUCUAUUUGAAAGUAGGAAUAUUUCCUUGAAUUACACGUGUUUGCUUGAGACAGAAGCUGCUGGAUCUAUUUCAGAUAAUUUUACAUUCAGUGGCAUGGUAGGCAAACUGUAUGAGAAUGAGUUCGACUUGAUAUUUGGUGGAUUAAGUUUGAACAAUAGACGAGUACAUUUCUUUGACUACUUGUGUUUUCACUUGGUAUAUGAAGAUAUGUAUGUUACCGUGACGCACACAUCGUCUUUAAUUGAAAGAUGGAAAAUAGUUUACUUGAUGUUUAAUUGCAAUGUUUGGAUGCUGUUAUUGUUUACAAUGGUAUUUUGUGCAGUUAUUCUUAAAACAGAUUUUGGGAAUUUCGGGAUAAUUCAAGCAAAACAUACCACUAUGACGGAGUUUCUAAAUAUUUUUGGGCAUGCUACUCAGAAUAUAAACUUGGUUCUGAGAGAGAAACUUUUCAAAAAUAUUUUAAUAAUAUAUUGGACGUGGUUUAUCUUUUUGAUGACUUGUUUUUAUCAUACAAGGCUGUUAAGUUUUACAAUAUAUCCCUUGCAUGAGCCCCAAAUAGACCAGUACAUUUCUUUGUACGAUUCUGAAUUAACUCCGUGUAUCCCAUUUGACAUAGUAUCAUUUUUGGAAAAUUCCGGUAAAGUGGAUAUUAUAAACGAUGAACGUAUGGAUAUGACGAGCAAUUGUAAGACUGCUGAAAUUGCCUUGGAUGAAGUAGCAAAGAACAAAAAUAAAUACACAGUGGCGAUGUACUUUCAGUAUCUUUGGUGGCUUCGAAAUAAUCCCAAGGAAAAAGAGCGAGUUCAUCUGAUGAAGGAGAGUGUUUUCAAUAAUAUUUAUGGGUUGUUUUUUAAGCGCGGUUUUCCGCUGCAGGAGCCGUUGAACUCGCUGAUGCUGCGACUGCCGGAGCACGGCUUCGUACGGGGCUCCAAGGACCUCCACGGUCUCCCGCGUCUACAACCAGGGGGCCGUGAGACUACUUCGACUAAAUUACUCCAAACCCCUUUAAAACUGGAGGAUUUUUCCAUCGCUUUCGGCAUCCUUGCCGCUGGCAUGGCUUUCUCGUUCAUGGCAUUUAUAAAAGAAAUGACGCACAAACGUAAAAUUGGCGGCAGAAGGAAUGGAUUGAGAUCCUUUUUAUUGUGA